AUGCUAUGCUAUUUUCAGCCAGUUAGUCCGGACUUCGGUCCGAUGCAGGGGACAAGGUCCCAGUCAGUUUCCGGACUUCGGUCCGACGCAGGGGGCAAGGCCCCAGUUAGUCCGGACUGCGGUCCGAUGCAGGGGACAAGGUCCCAGUCAGUUUCCGGACUUCGGUCCGAUGCAGGGGGCAAGGCCCUAGUUAGUCCGGACUUCGGUCCGAUGCAGGGGACAAGGUCCCAGUCAGUUUCCAGACUUCGGUCCGAUGUAGGGGGCAAGUCCCCAGUUAGUCCGGACAUUUGUCCGAUGCAGUGGGCAAGGCCCAUUUUGGUUUCAGUUACUCAGUUUUCAAAAGAGGAGCUCGGGGAGAUUGCAGUGCACACACCAUAG